CUGCCGCCGCCGCCUCAUCAUCUUCUUCCCUAUCCCCUCCUCCACAUCCCCGCCGUUUCUUUGUUGCAGAAUCCCGCGAGCCGCUCCGCUCGCCGCCGUUUCGCCCUGCGGCUUCGGUAACAUCGCGCACAGACGCGGCACGGCAUGCUCCGACGCGCGGCCUUCUUGGUACAUGGGCGCGCGGCCUGGCUCCCUCGCCGUCCAGUGACGGCCGCGGCAGCACUGGUCCGACGCCGCCCGGAGCCGGAUGCCCGCCUCCGCGCCGUCGAGGGCCGGGGCUACGCGCGCAUGGCGCGGCGGAUGCCUCCCACGAGGCCUGACGGGUACUCCACAUCAGACGGCGAGGCCGACGCCUACGGCGACGUCGAGGACCUGGAGCCGGUGGAGCCGGCGGCCGCCGCGGACGGCGAGGAGGACGCCUCCGAUGGGGAGGGGUGGGACGGGUUCACGCUGGACAUGGGCGCCGGAUCCAUCGUGGACAAUGACGAUGAGGAGGAGGAGGAGGAGGAGGAGGAGGAGGAAGAGGAAGAGGAGAAGUAAUGUGAGGGUCGCCGGCGAGCCUGAGGCGCAAGCAAGGUGUUUGUUGAAAGAGCAGUGCUACACGGACGAUGGCUUUCUGCACGAUUUAUGCACUACCAAGGCCAUUGGCAAUGGUAGUAUUUGAUGAGUUGAACUGUUAAAUAAUCCGUGUACUACUCCCGAUUCUAGUAGUUUGUUUUCACCUUGGAUUGGGAUUCACCGUUCGGUUACCCGCAAAAAAA